CACCAUAACAUAUAUACACGUACAGCGCACACAGAUACCCUCCAAUAUGGAAUCAAUUUUCUUUCAAGAUCAAUCUCUAAACAGUUUUGAUCGGUUUUCACAAGAAUCUUCAUCAUUGUAUUCAUGGGGCAUUGAAUCAUCUCUUCAUUUCAACCUGCAGAGUGACUGGCAAGACAUUCAUCUACUGGAUCUGGAUAUUCUCUCCCAAGGAAUAGCAAAAGAAGUCUCCAAUGAUCACUCCAUAUCUGCAACUGCUAGUACUACUACUAAUUUUGUCAAAGAAGAAGAGGUCACUUCCAACAAGAGCAAAGAAGAUAAAUUCAACACCAAUAAUCAUAAUGAUGAGAAGAAGAAGAAGAAGAAGAAGAAAUUAUCAUAUAUAGGGGUUCGGAGCAGGCCGUGGGGGAAGUACGCGGCGGAGAUCAGGGAUUCAACUAGAAAUGGGGUUAGGGUUUGGAUUGGAACGUUUGAUAGCGCAGAAGCUGCUGCUCUAUCCUACGACCAAGCUGCAUUAGCAUUGCGAGGCUCGUCCGCGAUCCUCAAUUUCCCUGAGGAUGUGGUGAGGGAAUCCAUGAAGGAGAUCAAGUUUUGUUCUGAAGAAAAUUGUGCAGGCUCUCCUGUUUUAGCCUUGAAGAAAAGGCACUCCAUGAUCAAAAGAAAAUCAAGAAGCAUCAGAAGGAAAACAAGUAAUCUUGUGGUGUUUGAGGAUUUAGGAGCCGAAUACUUGGAACAACUUCUCACAUCUUCUUGUCACUACUGAUCUGAUUAAUUACUUCUGUAAUUGUAUCCAUAAUCUUUUUUCAUUCUCUUAUUUGUUUCAUUUUUAUUGUGUUUUUUGUUUUUAACUUUAUUUUGUGAACUAUUUAAUUUCUUCCUAAUUUGGUUAUUCUCUCUCUUUCUCUC